CAGGCUUUGGAAAUGAUGCAGUUACUGGGUGUGGACAGAGUUGCCAUCUAUAAGAGCAACUGCAGCCCUGAAACACAGCGUGUACUGGACUACUACACAAAAAAAGGUUUAGUAGAAGUGAUUCCUUGGACGAUCUCCAAACAUCUGAAUGUAUCUCACAGCUGGCAGCCUGCGCGUUCUCCAGGUGACAUCCAGUAUUAUGGCCAGAUCCCCGCUCUCACCGACUGUCUAUACAGAUACAUGUACCAGUCCAAAUACGUGUCUCUGCAGGAUAUAGACGAGCUCAUACUGCCCCAGUCUGUCGACAGCUGGUCGGACUUGCUGCCACAGCUGGAGAAGAAAUAUGGUGUCGACAAGUGCUACAUGUUUCAGAAUAACUUGUUCCCCACCAACUUCAUGCUGCCUCUUCCAGCCUCCCAAAAGCAGCAGAUAGAAAGCCCCGGCUGGAAGUGUGUGCCUGGGGUGAACAUCCUGGCUCACCUCCACCAAAGACGCGUCACAAGAGAGAAUGAACAUUUCAACUUCAAGGUUAUCACUAACCCCCGAGCUGUCUUCCGAACCUCCGUGCACGAUGUGCUGGAUUCAGAGAACGGCUGCACCUGGGUUGACAGGGAUAUAGCUCGGAUGUACCACACAAGGUAGACUGCUGGUCUUGUACUUCUAAUGAAAUCAUAUGUGCAACUAACAACUAUUUUAAUGAUUGAUUAAUCUA